AUGGAUUUACUGCUGCAAGCCGCUCGGGUUUUAGAGCUGGAGAACUCCGGCCAUGAUGUCACCGAGCCAGCCACACGUGGAACUUACUUUUCCCAAAAUAUUACUGAAAGCAGUGAGCAAUUAGACGGGUCGCAGGCGUACAGUGAUAAUGGGAUCAGUGCUGGUGAAGACGAUGUCCCCUUGCACGAGAGGACAUCAAGACGGGCUGGAGGAAUUGGUACCCGGGAAGUUCACAAUCAGCUGGAGAAAAACAGGAGGAAACAGUUGCGGGAAUUCUUCAACCACCUUCAGCAGUGUAUCCCGUCUCUGGAGAACAAGCGGGUUGCCACUCAGUCUAUCCUCCAGGGUGCUAUCAAACACAUCAAGAACUUGAAGAAGAAAGAUGUGGAACAGGAGAGAGAGAUACAGAUGUUGGCCAAAAGGAAAAGCGAGCUAAAGAAGAAAUAUGACUUUGAGUUCAACAAAUGCUCGGAAGAACAGCAGCGCACUGCUCAGGUAUUGCUGUCGUUCAUCAGGUCAAAGAUGGACACGGUUCCAGCUGAGCAGGAUGGACACUCUUCGGACUCAACCAGUACAGCUUCAGAGGGACCAAGUAAUGAAGACUUCAGUGAUGGGGAGAUGAGUGUAGUUCCGCACUCAGUUAGGUGGGCCAUGACACCUGGAAGUAGCGACAAUCGUAAGCGGAAGAUGACCCCACAAUCUGAACCAGCUCAAGGUCUCAAGGUAAAUGAACCAUCUGUUGGUAGUUGCAGACCUGUGGUUUGUGUGAACUCGCUGGUUUCGUCUUCUGUCUCAUCGUCUUCAGUUGCCCUGAAACACAUGCUGGAGCAGAGGAAGAAGAACCAGACGGCUACAGGUCAAGCCAAUACGUUGCAGCAGUUGGCUGACCAGUCUUCGUCCAGAGUGUCGGAGACACCAGUGAGCUCAUCAGUGGGUGUAAAUUUUGCUGCUAUUGCUACCAAAGGGCCAGGAAGUUUGACAUAUAGUUAUCCUAUUAUCACAACACAUUUGGCCUCGGCUGUCAGGCCACCAAUGUCCCUGGCUGGCCCUGGUAUGACACAGAGUAGCCAGCUGACGUCGCAAGCGCCAGUGUUAGCAGUUGAUCGUGUCUUGGUUAGUCAUGCCUUGCCAGGUACAACUCCAGUUAUGUCAUCACAGAGUGAGUCCACACUGGCAACCAUGAUAACUCCAGUUUUGUCAUCACAGAGUGAGGCCACAACCAUGAUAACUCCGGUUACGGCGGGUACAAGUACAAAAAAGAACAGAAAAACAAAUCAGCAGAUUCAAAGCAAGAAUGACUCGUCAUGCCUGCGACAGACUACAGCAGCGCAUAAUUCUAGUCUAUCUUCGCACAAUAUCAGUUUAGCAAUGGCAAGAAACUUAAAUUCCUCAUCUAUGCAUUUACUUCCGGAUUCACCUUUGAAAGUGACCUCUGGGUCUGCAUAUUUGCAGGGUGUGUCCAUGGUACAGCCGCAGCACAUUUUAAUCAAAACGCCAGAGAACAGAAGAAUGGACUCUUCACAUGUACCUGCACAAAAAAUAGCACCAUCAAAAUCACGACUAGAUUUGUCUAAUUUUGGCUUUCUUGAUAAAACUGUUGUUGGGGAUCAUGCUGUACCCUUGACCUUGGAGUCCACAGCGUCUGCUAUACAACCUUCGAAUGCAAAUAUGAUGGCAUCAAAAAUACUACCAACUGUUAUUCCACUCUCGCUAGCUUCACUCAUGCGCGGUCUGCCGAUCACCGCUGGCCUGCCCCAGAUGGUCAGUCUGGCUUCCAACGCGUUUGGAUUUACGCCGUCUACAGAUUCACAGCCAACCACGCCGCACACUGAAUUGACGCAUUCUUCCGUCUUAAACAGCAGAUUUCAUAUCACACCAAAUGGACAUUACUUACUGACGUCGAUGCCUGUAACCUCUCAGCAGAGCUCUGUCUCGUUGUCCACAAACAAUGCUAGAACAGCAACCUUACUCUCAGCACCUCCAUCUCAUAUUAAUAAAAGUCACUCACCCCUUGCCAGUUCCACAUCCACCAUCUGUCCCUCUUCUGCUAUUACCAUCCCUGUCACUUUAACUCCUACACUUGUUCCCCUUUCUUUAAACAACGGGCAGAUGUCAUCUAAUCCUUCGUCAGUGCUCUCCUCGGGAACUCCGUUACACAUCUUUAGUUCAUUAUCUCAAACUCCAAUGAUGGCGACGUCUUUAACAAAUGGCCGGUCUUCCUUAAUACCAACAGUUGUCCAGUUGGACACAUCUGGCCAGGUUGCCCUUCUCCAGAAUCUCAUUCCUGGCCAGCACCUCCAAGUGCAGAAUUCCCAUCACAUCUUGACCCAGCCAUUUGUUGUUAUGGCAACAGCAAACUCUAACUUUACCUCUUCAACCAGCACUGCAACUACUACUUCCUAA